UAGUCACCCACAGGGCCGCUUUCGCCAGGACAUCGGUCAUACAGGCCUUCCUGGGGUCUGCACCCCAGCUCACACUGCAACUUUACAUCUGUGUGCUGCAGAAAGGGGUGUCCAUCGGUAGAGCUUUCUUCAAAAUUGUUCAUCCACACUUCUUUUGAUCUUCCUUUCUACACAGCACAACAUCAUGGGAAACUUUGCUGCAAAUGAAGGGCUAUCCAUUUUUGUUAUUCUGGUAUGGCUCGGCAUCAAUGCGUUUCUCUUUGUGCAUUUUUACAUGGCAUUUUUGGUUGAUAGAUACUACUAUACUAGAGUCAUCCUUGGGCAUGCUCUCUCAUGGGCCAGAGCUCCAGCUGCAUGUCUGAAUUUUAACUGCAUGUUGAUCUUGCUGCCUGUCUGCAGAAACCUGCUCUCGUUCCUACGCGGAUCCAUACAGUGCUGUAGCCGCACUGCAGCCCGUCAGCUAGACAGAAACCUCACUUUCCACAAACUAGUGGCCUACAUGAUUGCCCUCCACACAGCCAUCCACAUCAUAGCUCACUUGUUCAACUUUGAGAGAUUCAUGGAUUCCCAGCUUAUGAUCAACAGCAGUUACCUCCCUUACGUGCUUUCUCAGAUUGGCAAGAAUGACAACAGAUCCUACCUCAACCCUAUCAGAACCAAUGAGACGAGCCAAACCAUAGUGAUGUUUACCACUAUAGCAGGACUGACGGGGGUGGUCAUCACGCUCGCCCUCAUCCUCAUCAUCACUUCGUCCAUGGAGGUCAUCAGAAGGUCAUAUUUCGAGGUGUUCUGGUUCACCCAUCAUCUGUUCAUCGUCUUUUUCAUUGGUUUGGUGGCUCACGGAAUUGGGCGUAUCGUGCGAGGUCAGACUGUGGAAAGUAUAAUUGUUCAUGAUCCAAAAAAAUGUCACAGCAAGUUUGAGACCUGGGGUCAAAGUGGCACCGACUGCCCAAAACCUGACUUUGCUGGGAAUCCCCCAAUGACAUGGAAGUGGGUGGUUGGCCCAAUGUUUCUAUAUGUAUGUGAGAGACUGGUGCGUUUCUAUCGCUCGCAGCAGAAAGUGGUUAUCACUAAGGUAGUGAUGCACCCAUCCAAGACGCUUGAGCUGCAGAUGAAGAAGAAGGGCUUUAAGAUGGAGGUCGGUCAGUAUGUUUUCAUGCAGUGCCCGUCCAUCUCUCAGCUAGAGUGGCAUCCCUUUACCUUGACCUCUGCCCCGGAGGAAGACCACCUUAGUGUGCAUAUCCGAAUUGUAGGGGAUUGGACACAAGCCCUUUAUACAGCCUGUGGAGGUGACAAAACAGUGGUGCUGGAUGCUUGGACGCUACCAAAGUUGGCUGUGGAUGGGCCGUUUGGGACAGCCAGUGAAGAUGUCUUUCGUUAUGAAGUUGUGAUGCUUGUGGGUGCCGGUAUUGGUGUGACACCUUUCGCUUCUGUUCUGAAGUCUGUGUGGUACAAACACGUCCAGGAGAACAAAAACGUCUUCACCAAAAAGAUCUAUUUCUAUUGGCUCUGCCCGGAGACGCAGGCUUUCGAAUGGUUUGCAGACCUGCUGCAGAGUUUGGAAAGGCAGAUGACAGAAAAAGACAUGAGGGAUUUCCUCAGUUACAACAUCUAUCUAACACGCUGGAAAGACGCUGAGGCUGCCCAUUUUAGAGUUCAAUAUGAGGCGGAGAACGAUCCCAUCACCGGGCUUAAGCAGAAGACUCGGUAUGGUAAACCCAACUGGGACAAUGAGUUCAGUGCCAUCGCUACCCAACACCCAGGCUCAAAAGUAGGCGUUUUUCUCUGUGGUCCUACGGCUUUGGCCAAAGCUCUGGGGAAGCAGUGUAUUUCACACACUGAAUCUGGAACUGAGUUUAUAUUCAACAAAGAAAACUUCUGAUGUGCUUCACGAAGUGUGCCACCUCAUAUGUAUCAGAACCCUUGGAUUUUAAAUCAGUGUAAAUGCUGCAAAAAAAUGACUUCUUAACGAGUUACUUAUUAAUGAAAAAUCCUUAAACCACAACAUAAGACAUUCAGACUUGCUUGAGUGUAAGUAGAUUUUGUCUCACUACACUGGCAGAUUUUGUUCAAAAAUUAAGUCUUUAUUUACGGUUUCAAAUGAAAUUCUUGUUAAGAAUAUAAAUAUAUAUAUGUAUAUUAUGUUAAGUUUAUGUCAUUAUUAUGUUGUAUUAUUGGCCUAGAUAUAUCAUGGCUGUGCAUGAUGCAGAAUUGAUUUUUAUGUACUAUAAAGAUCCAAGUGUUAUUUUACUGUGCUGUGAAAUUAUUCUGCUUUCUAAACCUGCUUCCUCUCUUAAGUGGAAGUUAAAUAAACCUUACAAAAUCUU